GACAGAAUUGUCUCUUAGAGGGAACCAACCUUUUGCCAUUGGCAGCUGGUAUUACUGACCAAAAAAGAGCUUGAAACACUUUUCCUUUGGUGUGGUCCCAAAGAAGAUGGCAGAAAAACAGAUCAGUUUGCCUGCAAAGCUCAUCAAUGGAGGAACUGCCGGAAUCAUUGGAGUUACUUGUGUAUUUCCUAUUGACCUGAUUAAAACCAGGCUACAGAAUCAGAGGACCGGGCAGCAAAUCUACAAAAGCAUGUUGGAUUGUCUAAUUAAAACACUACGUUCAGAAGGCUAUUUUGGAAUGUAUAGAGGUGCUGCUGUGAAUUUGACCCUCGUAACACCUGAGAAGGCAAUCAAACUGGCUGCUAAUGACUAUUUUAGGCAUCUCUUGGCCAAGGAUGGAAUGACCUUGUCUUUAGCUAAGGAGAUGAUGGCAGGCUGUGGUGCUGGAACCUGCCAAGUUAUCAUCACAACUCCUAUGGAGAUGCUGAAAAUCCAGCUGCAGGAUGCAGGGAGACUAGCAUCACAACAGUUUGUGAGCAGAGUUCACUGUUCAACUCCUGGAUGCAAGCUUGUAGCUGUGAGCCCUGUUUUGACCAGAGCUUACAACGUGGGACCUGCUGUCCUUCCAAGGAGGAUAUCUGCAACACAGAUAGCAGUCGAGCUGCUGCAUGCACAGGGCAUUAAAGGACUCUACAAAGGCCUUGGAGCCACCUUGCUGAGGGAUGUCCCAUUUUCCAUCAUCUACUUCCCACUAUUUGACCAUCUGAACAAAGCAAAACAGGAUUCCUUGGAGGAAAGGGCCCCUUUCUUUCAUUCUUUCCUGGCUGGCUGCAUGGCUGGCUCAGUGGCAGCUGUGUCCGUCAAUCCUUGUGAUGUAAUAAAAACUCGUCUUCAGGCAAUGGGCAAGGGAAGAAAUGAGGAAAACUAUAAUGGAAUUAGAGAUUGUGCAAGGAAGAUUUGGAUGAAUGAGGGCCCCUUAGCCUUCUUAAAGGGAGCUGGCUGCAGAGCACUGGUUAUUGCACCACUCUUUGGUAUAGCCCAGUGUAUUUAUUUUAUUGGCGUCGGAGAAUUUCUCAUCGAGCUGUGCCAGUAUCGAGGACUUUCCCCCUAGACCCACCUUCUCGUUUUUGGACCUACUGGAAUGGAAUCCACAAGGACCACCAGCAGACAACUCACAAGAAAGCAACAGCAGCUCAUAUUGACUCACAGAUGUUUCUCUUUUGGGCAACCUGGAGUCAAAACCAAUGGCCUGGUACACUGUUACCAGGAUUCUGGAGCCUAUGUGCCUAGGUUGUAAUAUGGGAUUUCUUGUGACUUUAAAGGUCAGAAUUGUGAUACCAAGGUCAGACAUCUGUAAAGUGGAGGCAUGUCUUCUAACUCUGGGAGUUGAGAGACUGGAGCCUCUGAGAAUGCAAUGACUCAGGCUUGUUUUAGUGAGCCAGACCACAGGAGAAUGGAUCAGGAAACCUUUUUUGUUUGUUUAUACGUAAUGCAAAACCAAAAAUCUUUUAAAUAACAAUCGUGGGGCCAAAUCCUUUUGGGAGAACUAGGCGCGGCAAUUUGCGCUUGGAAUUGUGUACCUGUUAUUGACCAGCCCCAGCUGCAAUCUUUCCAGCCACGAUGGCAUGAGAGUCAACAAAAUUACCUUUGUUGUUAUCUCAGUCAGCAAGAGUAAACUGGGAAACAAGUGUGUGAUUUUAUAUAUAUAUACAGAUUUGUGUUUAUAACUUGCAACCAUACCUUAAAGUAAAGAAUUUGGUUCCUGUGGCAACUGUUCUCUGUCAAAGCAACUUUAGAUGAUGUAAAGGUAGCAGGGCACUUGGGCAACCACUCUAGGUUUUGCAAGUGAAGACAUUUGUAAAUGUCGUGUCAAUCCACAAAUUCUCAGGAGUGCUCUCCAGAACCUACUACAGCUUCACUGGAAGCUAUAGAGUAUGCCUGCUUGUUAAUGGUAUGUUUUGCAACCAGACUGCUAAGCAGUUUAUCUGUAUGCUAAGUUUACUGUUCAGAUCACUGGGCUCACCUGAGAGGCUUCCAUCAAGGUGGAGAGGGGAAGUGGUAUAUGUUCUUUACUGAGGAUGUAUAAAUUGGUCUCUAGAAAUACCACAUAUUCCAUGUAGAUGGUGCAAGAGACAUACACUUUACCCUGGCACAAUAAAAAAGAUUCAGACCUGUGUAAUGACAAUUUGUGUGUGUGCUUGUAUCUGUUAAGCCCUUGCCGGGUGUCCUUUGGGAUCUAUGCUUCUUAUUGAAGGCCUGAACUGAACAUGGAUGAGAUGUGUUGAUUUCUCUCUGUUCAGUUCUUCUGUUACCUUCUAAUCUGAUAAAUACAUUGGUGUUUGUUCUAUGAACAUUUCCAACUUGCUUGCUUAAUUGGAAAUUUACCCUCCCAAUUUUCUAAAGGGUUCAAAUGGCUUAUCUAGAUUAAU